GAUUGCAACUGAGGAUAAGAUACCUUCCAAUUGCGACCUUACGUGUAAAACCACUAAAAUUGAUAAAGGCGUAUCAAACUUUUUUCUGUCCUCUUUCUUUAGUACACACACUGAAACCUUAUUGCUCACAUACUAAAACAAUUAUGUAGGUUUGAAAAUUUGAAAGAAAACAUUCUUCAUCCUCUAUUCCAUAUACAUACUCUUCAAUCGAGAUGUUUUGAACUCUUGAUAGUUACAUUCAUUACUCAUAUUUGAGGCAUAAUCAAAAUGGUAGUAACAAGCACGCGUGAGUCGGAGGCAGAAGAAACACUUCCAAGUUAUGACAGGAAAAGUGAACUCAUGGCAUUUGAUGAUUCAAAGUCUGGUGUUCAAGGACUGGUAGAAAAGGGUGUAGAAAAAGUUCCACGUAUGUUCUAUUGUGAGCACUCUAAUGAUCUGAGUUGGGGCUUAAUCAGUGCAUCAAAUUCAAAGAUCAGUAUCCCCAUAAUUGACCUCACUGGCAUCCAUGAUGAUCCUAAUAUGAGAGAUGGUGUUGUGGGAAAAGUUAGAUAUGCAUGUGAGAAGUGGGGUUUUUUUCAGGUCGUAAAUCAUGGAAUUCCAACUCAAGUUUUGGAUGAAAUGAUCAAAGGAACUCGCAUGUUUCACCAGCAAGAUGCAGAGCUGAGAAAAGAGUACUACACUCGUGAUUUCAGCAGAAAAGUUGCUUAUCUUUCCAAUUAUACUCUUUAUGAAGACCCUUAUGCAGAUUGGAGGGAUACUAUUGCGUUUUCCUUGGCACCUGAUCACCCCAAAGCCCAAGAGUUUCCUGCAGUUUGUAGAGAUAUUGUGGUUGAAUACUCAAAGAAAGUAAUGGUUCUUGCUUAUGCUUUGUUUGAGUUACUGUCAGAGGCUCUUGGGCUUGAUCAUUUUCACCUAAAAGAAAAGGGUUGUGCUGAAGGGCUACUUCUUCUAUGCAACUAUUACCCUCCAUGUCCUGAGCCGGCAUUGACUAUGGGAAACAAAGAGCACUCAGAUGGUGACAUCAUGACAAUACUUUUGCAAGAUCAGAUGGGUGGCCUUCAAGUUCUUCAUGACAGUCAAUGGAUUUGUGUACCUCCCAUGCAUGGGGCUCUUGUAGUGAACAUUGGAGAUCUUCUGCAGCUUAUGAGUAAUGACAAAUUCAUCAGUGUUCAACAUAGAGUUUUGGCAAAUCAUCAAGGCCCUAGAAUUUCAGUUGCAUCCUUUUUCAGAACACCUAUAUCAAAAGUCUUUGGUCCAAUAAAGGAAUUGGUUUAUGAAGACCAUCCACCAGUCUACAGAGAAAUUUCCUUAAAAGAUUACAUGGCACAUCGUUAUGCAAGUGGCAGUGGAACCUCUGCACUAUUGCACUUCAAGUUGUGAUCUAAUGAACAAUUGCUUGCAAUCUUGAUGUGUUACACAAUCAAGGAUCUGAUAUGAUUGUAAUUAUUGUCAAAUAUUGUUAUUAGCUUAAAU